GGGCAGUUCCUCUUUCCUUCCCCAGCGCCGAGGAGGCCCCAGCUCCCAAGGGGCGAAGAAGCUGGAGGCUGGUGACGGGGGAGGAGCUGAGCCCCGCUCUUGCGGGACCCCCUCCCCCUCAGGAAGCAUGAACAGGAAAGACAGCAAGAGGAAGCUACUCCCAGGAUGCCUUGGGGCUUUGGGGUCAAGAAGAAUUCUGAGGGUCUGUCUGAAGGAAGGGGCUCCCAUGAUUCCCUAGUGGCUGUGCCCACAGGAAGUCCCACCAGGAAUGCCUGGGGAAGACAGGGGGGCGGGGCCGGCCCCGACCAGCCCGCCGCCACAAGACAUGCCCCAGCCCCCGGGAAAUCAGCAAGGUCAUGGCUUCCAUGGCCCUGGGCAUGCUGAACGAGGGUGGCUGCAGUGAAGAUGAGCUGCUGGAGAAAUGCAUUCAGUCCUUCGACUCCACUGGCAGCCUGCGCCGUGGGGACCACAUUCUCAACAUGGUACUGGCCAUGCACAGUUGGGUGCUGCCUUCAGCCCACCUUGCGGCCCGUCUGCUGACCUUGUACCAGGAGGCCACAGGAAGCACGAAGGACCUGAGGAGGCUGCAGAUCUGUCACCUGGUCAGGUAUUGGCUGACCCAGCACCCUGAGACGGUACACCAGGAGCCCCAGUUAGAAGAGGUUAUAGCUCGCUUCUGGGCCACUGUGGAGAAGGAGGGCAACUCAGCCCAGCGGAGCCUGGGAGACUCCCCUAACCUGCUGAGCCCGGGUGGCCCUGGCCCCCCGCCCCCCAUGAGCAGCCCAGGACUGGGCAAAAAGUGCAAAGUGUCCUUGCUUUUUGACCAUCUGGAGACGGGGGAGCUGGCACAGCACCUGACUUACCUGGAGUUCAGGUCCUUCCAGGCUAUCACGCCGCAGGACCUGCGGGGCUACGUUUUGCAGGGCUCCGUGCGGGGCUGCCCGGCCCUGGAGGGAUCCGUAGGUCUCAGCAACAGCGUGUCCCGCUGGGUGCAGGUCAUGGUGCUGAGCCGUCCCGGGCCCGCACAGCGCGCGCAGGUGCUAGACAAGUUCGUCCACGUGGCACAGAAGCUCCGCCAGCUGCAGAAUUUCAACACGCUGAUGGCAGUCACUGGGGGCCUGUGUCAUAGCGCUAUCUCCAGACUCAAGGAUUCCCACACCCACCUGAGCCCUGACAGCACCAAGGCCCUGCUGGAGCUGACUGAGCUCCUGGCCGCCCACAACAACUAUGCCUGUUACCGCCGCACCUGGGCUGGCUGCACGGGCUUCCGGCUGCCUGUGCUGGGAGUGCACCUCAAGGACCUGGUAUCCCUGCACGAGGCACAGCCCGACAGGUUGCCCGAUGGCCGCCUGCAUCUACCCAAGCUCAACAGCCUCUACCUGAGGCUGCAGGAGCUGGCAGCCCUCCAGAGGCAGCAGCCCCCUUGCAGUGCCAACGAGGACCUGCUGCAUCUGCUCACGCUUUCCCUGGACCUCUUCUACACGGAGGAUGAGAUCUAUGAGCUAUCUUACGCCCGGGAGCCCCGCUGUCCCAAGAGUCUGCCACCCUCCCCCUUCAAGGCGCCCCUGGUGGUGGAGUGGGCCCCUGGCGUGACACCCAAGCCUGACAGGGUCACUCUGGGUCGGCACGUGGAGCAGCUGGUGGAGUCCGUGUUCAAGAAUUAUGACCCUGAAGGCCGAGGCACCAUCUCUCAGGAGGACUUGGAGCGACUCUCAGGCAACUUCCCCUUCGCCUGCCAUGGGCUUCACCCGCCCUCCUGUCAGGGGAGGGGCUCCUUCAGCCGAGAGGAGCUGACAGAGUACCUGCUCCGGGCCAGCGCCAUCUGCUCCAAACUGGGCCUGAGCUUCCUGCACACCUUCCAGGAGGUCACCUUCCGCAAGCCCACCUUCUGCGACAGCUGCAAUGGCUUUCUCUGGGGUGUUAGCAAGCAAGGCUACCGCUGUCGGGAGUGUGGGCUGUGUUGCCACAAACACUGCAGAGACCAAGUGAAGGUGGAGUGUAAGAAGAGGCCCGGGGCCAAGGGCGAUGGGAGCCCCCCAGGAGCCCCCGUCCCCCAGCCACCAGUCCCCCAAGCCAGCUGUGGCACCGAGGACACGCUCUCCUACACACUAGCCCUGGAACUGGAGACCGGGUGCCACGUUCGCCAUGCUUGGACCCAGACGGAGCCCCCCCACCCCUCCUGGGAACCAGAGACGGUCCCUUUGCCAGCACCGGCCCCACCACCCACCCAGUCCUCCAAGCCGAAUGCCUAGACGUUGCCCUGGUCUCCUCUCUCCCGACUCCCUCCCCAGGGUCAGUCUCAAGUCCUACUCUUCGACCUCCACAGAAUCCCCAAAGGCAUCGGCUCCUGCCCAUCGCUGAAGCAUCCAUCAUCUCUUCCUCUGAAAGAAAGUGACUUUCGUCUUUUGCAUCGGAGUGGCUAUUCAUCAUCAUCCCUUGUCUUGCGCUUACUAUCUAUGCAGCUGUGUGUUGGAUCUGGUGAGACCUGGGCGUCACCUUGCCCACUCCUGAGAUCCCCAUUUUACGGCUGAGGAAGCAGGCUCAGUGGGGUAAACCGCUCACCCAAGGUGCACGCCUCGGUGGUGGAGGCAGGACUCACACCCAGGUCUGUCUGCCUCUAAAAUGGAAGCUCCUGAGCAAUAUGCUCCACUGCUCUCACCGAGGGGCAGGAGCGGAGGGCACAGGGUGGGCAGAGUUCCAAACACUGGGGUUCCAGAGAUGAGAGAGAAGGCCAGAGAAAGUGUGGAACAGGGAGGGAGCCUGGGAAGCCCUAAGUCAGAUCACGUUGGUCUCUUGCUCAGAGGAAAAGCCAAGUUCUCACUACCCGCCCCCAACCCCCACCCCCGGCUCCCCCACACAUGAUCUGCCCCCAUCACCUCCCUGACCUCCCCUCCCACCACUCACCGCCUCACUCAUCCUGCUUCAGCUACACUGGCCUCUGAUGUUCCCUGAUCAUGCCCCAAAGACCCCUACCUCAGGGCCUUUGCACCGGCUGCUCCCUCGGCCUGGGAAGCUCUUCCACAGAGGUCCACAUGGCUCCCUCUCUGGGACUUAGCUCAAGCGUCACCUUCUCAGUGAGGCCUCCCCAGUCACAUUUAAAUUUGCAACCCCCCUGCCAUGGUCCCAGUCCUGCCUUCCUGCUGUAUUUUUCUCUAAAGCCCUUUCCCCAUCUGACAGAUUAUACUUUCUAAACUGCUUUUUGUCACCAGAAAGGUCAGCUCCAGGAGAGGUGUGCCCCCGGUGCCUAGAACAAGGCUGGCACAGAGUGGGUACCUGGCAGCUGUUUGUCCAGCACCUGCACGUCUCCGUCCUCAUGCUCCCAGGGAGGGAAAGAUGCUGCUGAAGAGCAAAGGACCUUGAGGGUCGGAGCAGCAGGGGCCUGUUCAGACCCAGGGGGCAGAGACCCCCUACCCCUCCUCAAACCCGAGCACCCCUGGCCUGGCCCCCACAGAGACAGGUCCUAGGACUGUCAUAAAUUAAAUUUAUUUUCCAAAGAA